CAGCUCACACAACUCCAAUUUGGAAUUUGACAGGUCUCUCCUCACUCAUACAUUCCCACAUGAAAUUAUUAAUUGAAUCUUCAACCAUGUCUAUGAUUCUUCAGCUUCACUGUCCUUUUCCACCAUUUUUUUCUUCAAGAUAAAGACUAGUAAACUCCUUAUAUAUCCCUCUGGCUCUCUUCCCAUUCAUCUGUGCAAAUUCACAAACCAUCUCCCAUUUCCUUCUUGUUUAUCUCUGUUUUUUUAUUUUACACAUCUGUUGAACUUCCCAUCUGAAAAAUGAGAGAAAUUCUCCAUAUUCAAGCAGGACAGUGUGGAAACCAAAUUGGAGCUAAGUUUUGGGAAGUUGUUUGUGAUGAACAUGGGAUUGAUCCUGCUGGAAAUUACACCGGAAGUAGUAGCCUUCAACUCGAGAGGGUUAAUGUUUACUACAACGAAGCGAGUGGGGGACGAUAUGUUCCAAGGGCUGUUUUGGUUGAUCUUGAACCAGGAACCAUGGACAGCCUCAGGACAGGUCCUUAUGGGAAUAUAUUUAGACCUGAUAACUUUGUUUUUGGGCAAAAUGGGGCUGGAAACAACUGGGCUAAGGGUCAUUACACUGAAGGAGCUGAACUGGUUGAUUCUGUUCUUGAUGUGGUUCGCAAAGAAGCUGAGAAUUGUGACUGUUUGCAAGGGUUUCAAGUUUGCCAUUCACUUGGAGGAGGGACUGGAUCUGGAAUGGGAACUCUAUUGAUAUCAAAGAUCAGGGAAGAGUAUCCUGACAGAAUGAUGUUAACUUUCUCUGUCUUCCCCUCACCUAAGGUCUCGGAUACAGUGGUUGAGCCCUAUAAUGCCACUCUCUCUGUGCACCAGUUGGUUGAAAAUGCUGAUGAAUGCAUGGUUUUGGAUAAUGAAGCACUCUAUGACAUCUGCUUUAGGACCCUCAAGCUCACCAAUCCAAGUUUUGGUGAUCUCAACCACUUGAUUUCUACAACCAUGAGUGGAGUUACAUGCUGCCUUCGCUUCCCUGGCCAGCUCAACUCCGACCUCCGGAAGCUAGCUGUGAACCUCAUCCCUUUCCCGCGCCUCCACUUCUUCAUGGUCGGUUUUGCUCCCUUGACUGCUCGUGGCUCACAGCAGUACCGUGCACUCACCAUCCCUGAGCUCACCCAACAAAUGUGGGAUGCCAAAAACAUGAUGUGUGCUGCUGAUCCUCGCCAUGGUCGAUACCUAACUGCCUCAGCUUUAUUCCGUGGCAAGAUGAGCACCAAGGAAGUCGAUGAACAAAUGAUAAAUGUACAGAACAAGAACUCAUCUUAUUUUGUUGAGUGGAUCCCAAACAAUGUUAAAUCAAGUGUUUGUGACAUCCCUCCAACUGGGUUGUCAAUGUCUUCAACAUUCAUGGGAAACUCGACCUCAAUACAAGAGAUGUUUCGGCGAGUUUCUGAACAAUUCACGGUCAUGUUCAGGAGGAAGGCGUUUUUGCAUUGGUACACAGGGGAGGGAAUGGAUGAGAUGGAGUUCACUGAGGCUGAGAGUAAUAUGAAUGAUUUGGUAUCAGAGUACCAGCAGUAUCAAGAUGCUGUGGCAGAGGAUGAGGAGGAGGUGGAAGAAGAUGUGUUGUAGCGCUAAUAAGAGACGAGGAAAUUUGAAAAUGUAUCCUGAUGAAUCUCUGUUUGUGUUGCCAAGUAUAUAGGCUUUGGAGUGAAUAAGUUCUUGUUUGAUGAGAUGGGUUUGGGUGUAUUGAUGUUCUAAAUUUGUUGUUGCAUUAAAUUAUUGACAUAUGGGAUGAGUUCUGUAAGUAUGAAAGGUUGAAUGAAAUGUUUGAGAUUCCUUGCAGUAAACAGUUUCUAUAAAAUAAAUUUUGGUUAUUUUCACAGAUGUGUGAAAUAGACCUUUCAGAAAA